CGCCUUUGUUGGGUUCAUCCAUCUAUACAUGCGGCUGGUCUGAGGGGAAGGGAGGCGAAAGUGUCUAAAAUGCGAAAAAAAAUGACAUUUCUCAACUCACUGCACAGAACAGUAUACUCGUUAUGGAUUAUACUCAUAUCUCUCGACAUGCACAUACUAGAGGUAGAGAGCACAAGUGCAGCUGAAGUUGACCGACACUUGCAAAUGGGUGUGCAGAUGUUAGCUAAGGGCCAGCUUCAUGAUGCUCUCUCGCACUUUCAUGCUGCCAUAGAUGGUGAUCCAACCAACUACUUGAGUUAUUACCGUCGCGCCACAGUAUACCUGGCCCUGGGCAGAGCGCGGCCAGGUCUCCAGGAUCUGGAUGAGGUGAUUAAGCUCAAGCCCGACUUCACUGCUGCCCGUGCCCAGCGUGGCGGUGUCCUGGUCAAGUUGGGUCGCCUAGAGGAGGCUCAUAUUGACCUGGAACAUGUGCUACGGAAAGAUCAAAACCACGAGGAAGCGAAUAAGUUAUAUGUAACGAUAGAACCUCUGAAAAAGGAAAUCCUGGAGGCUUACUCAAGUGUUAGAACGGGGCGUUAUCAGCAUGCUAUCCUCCUCCUGAAGAACAUCAUUGAGCGAUGCCCCUGGGACGCUUCCCUCCGUGAGUUGCGCGUGGAGGCCUACCAGGCUGUGGGGGAUGUCGCAAGUGCCAUCGCCGACCUGCGCGUCACCACCAAGCUCAUCCAGGACAACACCUCUGGGUUCCUUAAGCUUGCCACGCUCUACUAUCAGACGGGAGACGUGGAGCAGGGGCUGAAUGAAAUUCGUGAGUGCUUGAAGUUGGACCCAGAUCACAAGGAGUGCUUCACUUUCUACAAGAAAGUGAAAAAGGUCAACAAACUAGUCACUAAUGCUCAGGAGUUUGCAAAUGAGAAAAAGUACGAGGAUUGCACAGCUACGGCAAGCAAGAUCCUCAGAGAAGAAAAGGAGUAUGAAGAAGUCAGGUUCCUUGCCUAUGACAAGCUGUGCCAGUGCCAGUCACGCACCGACUCAGAAGCUGCUGUGGAGGCAUGUCAGAGGGCCAUUGACAUUAAGGAGGAGGCGAGACUUUACUGUGAUAUGGCGGAAGCCCUCUUGCUGGAGGAGAAAUAUGAUGAAGCUUUAAAUAGUUACCAGAAAGCCCUCAAUAUUGAUGAAGGGCUUCAGAGAGCAAAGGAAGGUGUCGACAAAGUGCAGAAACUUAAAAAACAAGCUAGUAAAAGAGAUUAUUAUAAAAUCCUUGGCGUUAAAAGAACAGCGGGCAAGGACGAAAUCAAAAAGGCUUAUAGAUCAUUAGCACAAAAGUGGCAUCCAGACCACUACGAAGGAAAAGAGAAGGAGAAGGCAGAAAAGAUGUUCAUUGAUAUUGCAGCGGCAAAGGAGGUGCUGACCGAUGAAGAAAUGAGAAAGAAGUUCGACCAAGGAGAAGAUCCUCUUGACCCAGAGCAGCAGCAGCAGGGCCAAGGUGGCCAAGGUUUCAACCCCUUCCAGCACUUCCACUUCCAGCAUGGAGGCUUCCCUGGUGGUGGAUUCCAUGGUGGAGGUUUCAAAUUCCACUUUAACUAAUGCAGUGCAUUUUUUAGUGUUUUUUUGUAAAUCCUUAGAAAAAAAAAGUUUAUUUAUUAUAUAACUGGAUUUGUAUGUGCGAGAUGGCUGGAAUUACUUUUUGUCACUAAACACAAAAUAUUGAAAUUGAAAAGUGCUAUUUAAGAAUAUCACAUUAAAUAAAAGUCAAAAGGAAAUGUAAGAUCAUACAGACUAGCUCGAUACUAAAUUGGGCAAGCUAUUUAUAUGUUCCACCUUUAAAUGUUAUCAUUGUUUACAAAGAAAUCACACACCUUGAUCAUUAAGGAAUAUAAUUAGUUGACUGUAAGCUGAACAGGAAGUUCAUGGCUCCAGAAGGAAAGUCAGUAAAGAAAGAAAUGCUUGCAACCUGCUUUAAUUUAAUCUGAAAGUUGAAUAUUUCAAGGAUCAUAGUAUUUCAGGGAUUACAGAUCUAGGCCGCCAACAUCGUAAGAAACUUACACUCUAGUGCCUUGCAUUUUGGUCGUAUUAUUAUUAUUAUUAUUAUUAUUAUUAUUAUUAUUAUUAUUUUAAUUUUUUUUUCAUAUAUAUAUAUAUUUUUUUCUUUUUUUGUCUUCAUUUUCACUUCCUCCUCGAUCAUAAAAAUAUUUCCUUUGAGAUUUUGAUUCCUUGAGGAUUUGUUUUUAUUGAACUUUUACUGACAAUGACUGACUGAUGAAUGAAUUACUAAUCAUUUGUUCUGGAAGUGAUGUCGAGUGUUAAAAUUGUGUGUUGAUGUGUCACAAUCUGUAUUUCUUUCUAGCUAGAAGAAAUUGUCUAUUCCGACCAUUAGUAGCAAAGGAAAAGCACAUGAAAGAUUCCUCUCCUUCACUAAUGGAUUAAUGUGGAUUUUUUUUUUCUUUUUCCCCCUUUCCAUUUUUUGUUAUGGGCAUUUGUUUUGUUAUCAUAAUGUAUGAUUUUACAUUUUCUUUCUUGAACUGCCAUCUUUUCAUAGAAGGCUAUUUGAGAAGCAUUUAGUGAGAAAUCAUAUUCAUGCAAAUUCAUGAUGUCAUCAGUAUGUAAAUUGUACAUCCAUAUUGCACCUCAAGGUAGGACAGAUAUCAUGUACCAUGGUUAUUAUAAAAUCAGAAUAGCAUUGUAAGAGCUGAAAGUAAAGCGAUUAUCAUUAUUUAAUAUAAAAGUGUUACUUCAUUUCCUUUUUUCUUCUUUUCCAAUGCUUUUCUAUAUUUCUUCACAUUUUAAAAUAUAUUGCACUGUGGCAGUAUUACUGCAGCACUGCAUUGGAUUUCUCAGAAUAGUGAAAAUUGUUUGUAGCAUUAUUUUUUCUGCCGCUAAUGUAAAAUUUGCUUUCUGCUGGCUAGGGUAAACAAAUUUGAGUGAUCAGGUCAUGUAAUGUGUAGCUUAAAUCACAAUGUGACAUUUAAUUAAGGUGUGUUUAAUGAAUGGAUAAUCACUUUAAAAUAACUUUCACCAAAUUCAUGUGUGAACAGUAUUGCAGCAACUAAAAUAUCUUCCACCAACUCAGGCAGAUUAGGUAAAUGCUUUGCUUUGUCCCUUGCUCCUGAGUAAACUUUAUUGCUUUCACUUCUAGUCUUCAUUAGACAUUGAAUAGGAUUGUUUCUUGAAAAUUUACCUUCCUAUGUAAUAAUAGUGUAAUGUCAACAAUUUGAUGGCAUUGCAUAGUCAUUUUUAAAAGCAGACCAUAUAAGAUUGAUGUUUAAAUGUCAAGGUCAAAGACAGUAAUUGCAGGACUAAAUUAAGAUGAAGAAAAUAGUUUGUUUAGGAUAUACUACAAAUUAGAAAUUGCCUUUGAGAUGUUUACUCCAUUGAGGUGGUGGUGUGUCAUGAAACAUCAGUUCUGCCUCUUUUUCAAUGCUAGUUCCACAAUCAGUAAAUUAAGAAAAAAAUCAAGUGAAGUUGUACUACUGAUGACAUCUCAAUCAUAGCUUUCAUAUCAAUUCUGUUGAGAAGAUUCCCACUUUUGUGUUUCAAGAACAGAUUGUAUCAAACAUAUAACUUCACAUACGUGAAAAUAAAAUAUUCAUGUUUAUAGACUAAGAUUAUUUUCAGAAGUGCUAAUUUUCCAAGUAUGUGAUGUAAUGAAAAUUAAAAUGUCAUUCAUACAGAAAUAUGCAAAGGAGUACAUGUUAAGUACAAAAUCAUGUAUGAACAUCCAUCCCUGUGUAUUUACAAGAUUGUAAAAGUUACCUGUGGAUUUGCAAAUGUUAUGUAUAUAUGAAAUAACAAUUUGUUUCUCAUGAA